AUGCAGGAACCGCCCGCCCUGAAGAUCAGCGACGGGAGACCAGAACCCCGCCAAAUAAACCCCCGCCGGAGCUCCCGCACGGACCAUCUGUCCCUGAGUGAUGUCAACCCAGCAAGCUCCCAACCGGCGCACGCGAACCAGACCCGAUCGAUAAGACUCAACCCCUUCUGGGAGUGGCGCUUCGAAGCCCCCUUCGGCUCCGACCUCACCGUCAAGCUCCUCUCCGGCACCGCAGAAAAGGACGGCACCGAACUCGCCCUGCACCACCCCUACACCUUCUCCGGCACGAAGUCCAAGGUCCUCACCCUGCAGGGCUGCGAGCUCGAGGUCGACGGCACCCCCGCCCGCGAGCACCUCGCCGAGUACCACGCGCCCCAGGACUCACCCGCCAACGCCCACGUCAACCUCCACUUCCAGCUCACCGCCAUGCGCCAGCGCGCCGCCCUCGAGCGCAGGGAGGGCCCCCGCGUCGCCGUCUGCGGGCCCCGCACCUCGGGGAAGACGACCCUCGCGAGGACGCUGGCCAGCUACGCCGCCCGCGUCGGGGCCCAGCCGCUGGUCGUCAACACGGACCCGAAGGAGGGCGUCCUGAGUCUGCCCGGCACGCUGAGCGCCAGCGUUGUCGGGAGCGUGUUGGACGUGGAGGCCGUCGACGGGUGGGGGACGACGCCGACGAGCGGGCCGAGCCAGGUGCCGGUGAAGCUGCCCUUGGUGUAUUACUACGGUCACGCGAGCGCCGAGGAGGACCCUGGGAAGUAUAAGGAGCUGGUGAGCAAGAUGGCGGCUACGGUCACGUCAAGGCUGGGGCAGGAUGCGGAUGUGAAGAGCGCGGGGAUGAUUAUUGAUACCUUUGGGUGGAGUGAGGAGAGUGAGGCCGGAAUGGACCUCUUCGCACACGUCGUCGAGGAGUUGUCAGUGAACAUCAUCAUCGUUCUCGGCUCGUCCCAUCUUCAUGCAGAUAUACAAAAGAGAUUCGCAACGGACAAGACGAGCCUCGGGGAACAGUACAGCAUCGUACUCCUCGACAAGUCCGACGGUGUGGUGGAGCGCGACGAGGGGUUCAUGCAGCAGGCGUGCGAGGCCUCGAUCAAGGAGUACUUCUUCGGCUCCGUCGGCCGGACCCUGAGCCCCGCGACGCAACAGGUCGACUUCGACAGCCUGACGAUAUACGGCCUGGGCGACGUGUACGGAAACGACGGCCUGACGAAGGUCGACCCGUCCGAGCUCGUCGCCCACUGGACGCUGGCCAUCGUGUACGCGUCGGUCAAGGAUAACCCGGAGACGAUCAGGACGUCCAACGUCAUGGGCUACGUGUACAUCGCGGACGUCGACAAGGAGAAGCGGAAGCUGAGGAUACUGGCGCCGGUCAGCGGUCGCUUGGGUGAUCGGCCGCUGUUGAUGGGCAAGUGGCCGGAACCGUAUAUUAACUUGUUAGGAUGA